AUGCUCCCAGCUCUGAAAAGGACUGAUUGGGGACAUUGGCAGGAGAUAUUGCUAAAGCUGUAUCAUUACAACCACUGCCCUGAAAAUUGGACCAUCCGUGCCUACCAACCUGGUGAGCGUGUGCGCGGCAGUUCUGGGAAUGACCUGAGUCGAUGGGGUGGCGGACAUGUACGGCGGCUUCUGUCAGCUGCCUACACUGUAGCAUUCAUAUGCAUGCUUCGUUUCGACGAGGUUCUGAAGAUCCAGGUGCACGAUCUUCGUGUGCAUGACACCCAGGUAGCGCUACACCUUCCCUUUCGCAAAACUCAUCAAAACGGCAGUACGUACGUGACUCCACCCUCUGCUGCGAACUAA